AUGGCGCGGCCGGCGGGGGAGGAAGCGCAGUCGCGGCGGCGGGGGGAGAGCCCGGCGGCGAGCCGGCUGCUGGUCUCCUUCCAGUACGUGCACGUGCAGCUGGGCGGCGGCGCGCCCUGGGGCUUCACUCUGCGCGGGGGGCUGGAGCACGGCGAGCCCCUCAUCGUCUCCAAGGUGGAGGAUGGCGGGAAGGCAGCCUUGUCGCAGAAGAUGCGCCCUGGGGACGAGCUGGUGAACAUCAACGGGACCCCCCUGUAUGGCUCUCGGCAGGAGGCUCUGAUCCUCAUUAAGGGCUCCUACCGCACACUCAAGAUGAUCAUCCGGAGGAGGAACGUGCCCGUCAUCAGGCCUCACUCAUGGCACCUGGCCAAGCUGUCCGAGGUCCGGACUGAGACUGCCGCCAUGCACUUUCCUGCAGAUGCCUUCAGCCUCUCCUGGCACUCGGGAUGUGACACCAGCGACCUACCUUUGCCGUGGAACCCGCUGUCCCGCCACUGCAGCACCGACAAGAGCAGCUCCCUUGGGAGCAUGGAGAGUCUGGACCAGCCAGGCCAGACCUACUACGAGGGCAGCCUCUCCCCCAUCGACCAGGCCAUGUACCAGAACAAGCGCGACUCUGCCUACAGCUCCUUCUCCGCCAGCUCCAACGCCUCUGAUUCUGCUUUGAGACCCGAGGAGAACAGCUCCACCGAAUACGUCCAGCAAGGCCAGCUGCUGGAGCCCCGCUACCUGCAGACUGGCAGUGACGGCAGCGAGACCACCGGGACAGUGAGCCUGCCUUUCCCGGCUAGCCAGCUCAGCCCCAGCACAAGGCCAGCCUCCUGCACUCAGGAAGGUCCCUUCCCCGGCUCUGCCAAAGCCUUCGCCCCUCCCCAGCCCCCGGUGAGGCAGGACAGCCUGCGGGCUUGCAACCCCUCGCCAGCCAGCACAGAGACGCAGGGGGCCUCGCCCCAGGCCGAUUCUCUGCACCCGAAAGGCAGGUGGACCUCGGACAUUUCUCUCUCUGUGCACAGCAGAGGCCCUGAAGGGACCGGCGGGCAGUUGGCCUCCGCAAGCCACACCAAAGAAUCUCUGCCCACGGACCAGUACUAUCUGCUGAGCUCCCACGCGGAGGGACACCCGCCCAUGGAGAGAGGAGCGCAGAGCAUGGAGUCGCUCUUGAAUGAGGAGGGUGGAGUUGCCCCUCCGGAAGAGCCUGCCCAGCGCAUGGACAGCAAAGAAAGCGAGGCUGAUCUGGGUGGGCGUAGCCACCUCUCUCCCUUUCCUUGGAAGGACUGUUGGUCAGGACACCUGGCUCACCGGCACAGUGCCCCCGAGCAACUGCUGGCUGCCCAGUUGCAGGCUCUGAAGGUAGCCCAUAGCCCGGAGGGACCUCAUUGGACUGUUUCUCCGCUGCACGUGGAGAGCAAGAGCCCCAGAACUCAGGAGUCAUGGCAGACGCAGGGCCCCGGCCGCCAGAGCCCUCCGGGUCAAGCACAAGACCCGGAUCUUAGCCCAGUGUCAGGGGAAGGGUCUUGGACCCCCGAGAGCUGCCACACAGUUCAAGAGAGGCCCAGGAGUGCUUCAGUGGAGCUGCCCUCAUCCCCGUCGAUGCAGCCUUCUGGCCCCGAGGCUGUCCCCAGUAUGGAUGCUUUGACAGUGCAAGGGGGACAAGACGGAGAUGGGAGCCGGCCCGCCACAAGGAAGGGAGGCUCGGCUCAGCACCGCUCAGCCCAGAUGCGCCGGCGCAGUGACCGUUUCGCCACCAACCUGCGCAACGAGAUCCAGUGGCGCAAGGCCCAGCUCCAGAAAGCCAAAGGCUCUGUCAUGCUCCUGUGUGGAGAGGAGCCGGUGCAAGAGACCGAGGAGCCCCCCGACAGCCCCACUGCUCCCGCCCCUGUUCCUCCAGCCUUCCACGCAGAAAGCAGGCCACACCGAACGGCCGGCCCCAAGCGCUGGGGCUCUGAGCUGAGUGUGCUGCGGGGAGACGUUGCUCCCCAGAGCCCCAGCUGGGUGCCUCCAGAGCCCAAGUGGGAGGCCCCCUUGCCGGAGCCUGAGAAGACCAUGGCAGCUCUGCCGUUGCCGUCUGGGGGAAGGGGUCGCUGGCGGUGGUCUCCGGAGCACAAAUUGCAGCCCCACUCUCCGAGCCCCCAGGGGCCAGAGCUGGGCUCACCGUCGCGGCCUCCGGAGGAAUCUGGCCUCCUGCCUUUUGCCGACAGGCGGAAGUUCUUUGAGGAGACGAGUAAGGCGCCAGCCUCUGCCCACGUAGCCUCCCGCCACGGCAGGCCUGGCGGUUUGCGUCCCAGAGGGGUGGAGCAGAACGCUUUCCAGCCCGUGAGUUCUGAGCACAGGGACCAGCGCCGGCACUCCAUGGACCAUUCCUACGGCCCUCCAUCCUCGCCUCCCGUCUACCCGGAGUUCCGGCCAGAGGUGUCUGGGUUUUACAAGCCACUGGCCCGGCACAGGGACUGUGAAUGCUGGCGGUCCCUUCCCUGUGCUUGUGCGACCCGAGAGGCCUGUGCCUACUGCUGUGGGGAAAGGUGCCCCACCUUGCUUCAGAGGAACAUGCCGGUGCCAUCCAGCCACUGUACCCACCACUGCCACCCUCGCCCCUGGGCCCGCUGCACUGACUGCUGUUGCCCAGCUCAGCACAAGCUCUUGGAGGAAGGGGGUCCCUGGCAAGCCAGGAAGACCUACCCGCCGGAAUUUCCCGUGGAUGAUUGGGAGCCUCCGGCAAUGAACAGAAAGAACAGCCAGUCGAUGAGCGAGCUGGCGCAACAGAAGAUGGGCUUUGUGCGGGUCGGCCACUUCUGGCCCUGCUCGGAAAACGUUGAGCCAGAGUGGGCUCCUUUCUGUCGGGCUUUGUCCACUCACAGCCUCUCUUGGGACCGUGAAAGGCCAGGCCAAGCUGUGGAGAGCCAGGCCUGCGGCGCUUCCAGAAGACAGAGGCAAGAGGCCCCGCUGGCCAAGCUGGAGGAGUUGCCUUUCACGGCCAGAAAGAAGGGCCCGCCCCCUCCACGCCCCCCACCCCCAAAGUGGGAGAAGUACCACCCACGCCGUGCCUCCCACCACCAGCUGCUUCCCACUGAGGCCGGCCUGUCAGCAGUCCCGGAAGACCCUCGCGCCUCCAGCCAGAUCAGCACAGACGUGGCCAGGCAGCGGUCUCAGAGCCUCCCCCUGGAGCAACUCUGGGGUGAUGCGGCCCAGGAGCCCCAGCCCAGGCCUCGGGGAUCUGCCUUGCCCAGGGAGCACGGCGACCCACACUGCUACUGCCGUGGCUCGCCACGUGGGACUCCAGAGUGGCCGACCCCAGACCUGAGCGGCGAGAGUGACUCCUCCAGGCCGGCAAGUUCCCUGGCAGAGGAAGAAAAACCUGAGCCCUUGUGGAAUAAGGAGCAGAACGCAGUGUCUAGCAGAGGCCCAGAACUGCCGCAGGCCAGCCCCGCCAGUCUGAGCGCCAGAGAGUCCGAGUCUGCGCAAGAGGGUGCUGGAGAAGAGAGCUGCCAUCCAGGCACGGCAAGCCCAGCACCACCCUUCCGCCUCAACUCGGAGGAGCUGAUGAGGGACGUGGCAGGCAGGGACCGCUCCCUGGCUGGUGUGCUAAAUCCGGCCUCGGGACUGGUGACAGCGGCCGAGGUGAUGAGUGACCUCUUCUCCCCCAGCGAGUGCGACAUGUGGAAGGGGCAGGACUGGCAACCACAGGCGGCUGGCAAGGGACUCCCCGAGAGGCAUCCGGCUCAGCCCGCAUCCCCAACCUCAGGGGGCACCUCCUGUUCAGCCUAUUACAACCUGUCAUCAGGAAAGGCCGAGCUGCUGAACAAGAUGAAGGAGCUGCCGGGAGCCAGUGCGGAGGAGGAGGAGGAGCCAGACCACGAUCUGGCCCGGAAGAAGGUGCAGCUGAUCGAGAGCAUCAGCCGGAAGCUGGCGGUGCUGCAGGAGGCCCAGCGGGGCUUGCAGGAUGACAUUAAUGCCAACAUAGUCCUGGGCAAAGAAGUGGAGAGUCACGUCAAGGUGGUCUGCAAGCCCCACGAAUUUGAGAAGUUCCGCCUCUUCAUCGGAGACCUGGACAAAGUGGUCAACCUGCUCCUCUCGCUGUCAGGGCGACUGGCCAGGGUGGAGAAUGCCCUUGGCAGCCUGGACUCUGAUGCCCCAGAGGAGGAAAAGCUGGCUCUACUGGAGAAGAAGCGGCAGCUGACAACCCAGCUGGAGGAUGCCAAGGAGCUGCAGGAGCAUGUUGCUCAGCGGGAGCGUGUGUUCUUUGCCAGCGUGUCGCGCUGCCUGCCCAGCGAGCAGCUGCAGGACUACCAGCAUUUUGUGCGCAUGAAGUCAGGACUCGCUAUCCAGCAGCGGCAGCUGGACGACAAGAUCAAGCUAGGCGAGGAACAGCUCCGCUGCCUGCGAGAGAGCUUGCGCCGGGUGCCCCGGGACUGUUAGCGGAGCCCUGCUUGGUGGCCACCAGGAGGGGGUUUAUCGGGAGGAACAGCCUGGGCCUCCCACGUGCCAAAGAAGUCCCCCUUGGAGAGGUGCCAGCUGCCCUGCCUGUCAUGGACCGUUUGCCAUCUGCUGCCUUCUCGCUCUCAGGAUAAUCAUCUUUGCCAAAGACUCUGCCAUGCCAGAUAACUGCAUCGCCUUCUUCCAUGGCUGGGGGGAAGGAAGGGCUCACCAAAGUGCUCUUCGCCAGGACGCAGGCUGUGUGGCUGGGAUGGAUUCUUGCAGCAGCUCAGGAACAGGAUGGUGGGAUUCCUGGAGCCACACUGGAAUGGCGAUCAUGAGACAGUUCAAGCUUCCUCCGCCUCCUUCCCAGUCUUCUGUAGGGGGCAAGCUGCGCCAGGAGAACCAGCAGCCUUCUGCUCCAGUGGUAUCUGCUGCAUUGCCAAGCAGAGGACGAAGGCAGCCUGUGAGCAAUGGCUGUGGGACCCCUCUCCUCAUCUCACGUGCCAGACAACACUUGGAGCAUUCUGUUUCUCUUGUUCCAAUCAUAUUUAUUUUCCUACCUAACCGGUUUCUUUAAAAAAGGAAAAGAAUCAAGAGUGGAAUCGUGUUAGGUGGCAGGGAUAGUGACAGGACCUGUCUGCUGUGGGCACAGAGGCCGUUCCUUUCAGGUGCCAGCAGUUAGUCCUUCCAGCCUUCAUCCCAAGCUUAUACUGCCAGCAGCAACCGGGACCCUAAUCCCUUGGCCUAGAAGGGUUUUGUCCUAACCUGGGGGAACAGGUCUGUUCAGGUAGAAGCUCUGUGGGAUUUAAACCCGGUGCAGAACCCAUGAGCUUCUUUUCCAUUUAGCCAGCGGGGCCUUUCAUAGUGCCUUGAUCCAAAGCAGCUCUCCUAAGUCCAGGAAGGGGAAAAAGCCUUUCCAGCUCCUGUUCCUGGCUGAGCCAACUUUUCCCAUCAGAGUCUGAAGCAAGGGUAGCACUCCGGGCCUUCUCAGCCGGUUACUCAUUUCCCAUAUUUCCAUCUAGGGGUGAAGUUUAAAGACUGUCUGUACGUCAGUCAAUCCAUCCUGUGAAGGCUGCACAUGUCCCUCUUACUGCCUGUGAAUGCAAAGGGGAGAUGGAGCCCCCAGUCGCCAUGUAACACGGAGAAAGGCUCUUGUGCUUUGCAGAUCCCGUGAGCUAGAGUCUGGGGUAAUCCUGGCCCCAGAAGCCAAGCCACUUCCUUACCAUGCUGAUAAAGCUGUGCUGGGGAGCAGUAUUUGCUGCUGUGCCAACUGUGGGUCUGUGCCCUCCUCUCCCUUGCCAAGAACGUGUGGCUGGAUCCCAGAAAGCUCCUUCUGGGUUUGAGGUUAGGGGUCUUGGAGCACAGUGACCUUUGGUCAGGGGCUCUUGGAACUGUUGGGUGUCUCCAUGCAGGAGGCAGCCAGGUACAGUAUUGUGUCUGCAUUAGCCUCCUUGUGCCUUAAUGUACCUUUGGGUACAAUCCACAUUUGUUGGCCCCUUUCACUGUCCACUGUUAGUUCUCACGGCAAACUCAGCCGCCAUGUUUCACGGAGGUGCUGAGGAUGGAAAGGGAUCCAGCCUCCCUUUCCCCAUGUUUCUGGAGGAAUUGAUCUUUCCCAACAUGGAAGCCUCUUUGCAGAGGACGUUCUGGGUUCACUCUGGGGUCUGAGGAGUUAAUAGGACUUGUCGUCCCCCCCCCCCUUCCUGUGGCCGAAGGAAUGUGCUGGUCUCCUGCCACAGAAAUUCCACCCCAACAUCCUCUUCCUUUCCAUUGUCUUUGAAACAAUGUUGGGAGGCCAGGCUCCUCACUCUAGCCCCUUGGGUGCUCUGCUGCCCUCAGCCUGCUCUCUGGCUGCAAAUUCUCCUGCCGGCAAUCAGAAAGGGGAGGCCGUUCCCCUCAGCUGGCACAGUCAGGAGCUACCCACACUUUUUAACCUCGGGGUUGCUUUCUCAGUAGAACCUGUGCUGUUGAGGAGGUGGCUUUGUUGUAUACAACAGAGACCCCUUGGUGGAAAAAUAGCACUUAACACUUGGAAAGGCCUGCAAGUUAGGGCUUUCUGGUUUGCAGCAAAGGAAAUUGUGUUUUCAAAUCCUCCCGUUAAAGGACUCCUACACUUACCCUAGUGAGACAUUCCUCUUCUUCUCCCGACCCACCAUUUGUUUGUCUGCACAGCAGCUGGGCUUCAGCUAGAUUAGAUGCAAAUAGCAUGGGGGGUUAACCCUCCCUAACUGUUUUCCAAAUGCAAAUCUUAUUCUUCCCUGGAGCUGCUCUUUGCCCUGUGGAGGGGGGAGCCAUAAAGGUGUGUCCUCAGCCAAGCCUUUCAACACGUCUGUCUAGAGAUCUUUUGUUAACUUUGCGUAGACAAGCGUCAAAACUGUCUAGACAAACUUGGCUGCAUUUGGCUCAAAGGUAGAAAGUGAGUUUGAAUAAAAACAGCCAUCCAGGACCUCCUUUGCACAACUGCAGUUCUGAACAACCCAGAGACUGCAGAGAUGGCAGCACUCUUCAGCCCAGGGCAAGGCAGGGGCAGUAGGCAGGUCUGGAAUACCUUCCAUCCCCUGCCCUACUGGAGGGGGAUGUUUCCCUAAUGGUUAGAGUCUGAUCUGUGUGCGGCUGAGCACAGUUGAGGGGGCACAGCACGAUGGUUUGUUUUCUAGCAGCAGCCAUUCCAGAAUCCCCUUUGCAACUGAAGACUCCCUUUCCAGGCCUGCCUUUGCUCCAAACACAGGCAGGCAGCCCUGGUUGUUUGCUUUAUCCACCCCACCUCUCUUAUUCAGGGCUCUUGUCACUGUCCUUUGACUUUCUAAUCUGGGUUUUCCUCCACCCCAAGUUGUUUAUAUGUUUUGCACAGAAGACUAUUCCAGAUGUUCACAAUCCCACAGGGAAGAUUGAACUUCUCUUCCUUCGACCUGACCUGACCUUUAAGAAAACUUUAAUGUCACAUUUUGAACAGCACUUAGACACCCAACCCUGGCUUUUGGCCCCUGUGCGGCACUGCAGGUUUCUCUUGGCAUCUGCAGUUGCUGCUGUUCCCUGGCUCACUCACAGCUAUACUCUCUGCUGCUUACAUGCCUGGAAACAAGCGCCAAAGCUCUCAGCGGAUGGGGCAGACUGCCCCAUUUCCCAGCCCCGUGGAUCUGGCCAGAAGCUGCUGUCCCCCUAACCCAGAGCCCAGCUUUCGUCCUCUUGCUGCCACCCAAAAGCAGUCUCCUGGAUUUAGGCAUGAGGCUGUGUGGCUUCCCCACUGGUCUGCUCAGACUCUAGAUUAGGGUGUGCCCGCUUUUUAUCUCCCUCCUUUACAUAGUGGGGUUUGAGUUUGUCAUCUGGUGCAGCCGGGCGUGAGCUGAGGCUUCCUCUGACCUCUGCUGCACCACUUCCUCCACCAGAAGCCCUGGCCAUCAUCGGCUGAGAUGGAGCUCUUGUGGGAAAGGGCCACAGGCCCCCUGUAAGCCGUAGCCAUGGCUGUACCGCUCCACCACCAUUCGUGCAGCCAUUGAGUCUCUUCCCCCAAGCCAGAAUACAAACUAGGUAAGGCAGUGCUUCUGUGUGGUUGACCAAGUUCAAGUAGUUGGUAGAGUGUGUAAAUUUUCAUGCAACAGGGUUCUUCCUCAGGUGGGGGUAAAAGCAGUUCGGGAACUUGGAGGUGUGCAUACUUUAGAUCACCCGCUUCUCUCUUUUGGGGGCUGCCAAGAGGAGAUGGGUUUCACCUCCUCCUCGUAUAUGAAGGGAUCGGACCCAGGCUUCCUCCCCACUCGUACACCUGUCUUGCCCUGCCAGGGCAGGCUUCCUCUUCUUGCCUAGGCCAGCUUUUCCUCUGCACAGGGAGAGUCCAAGCGCCAGCUCUGUAUGUUGCUAUGUUAUUAAAUGCAUGUAUUGCCGGGUGUAAUUUUGUGCUUCCUACACACUAAAGAAAUCAAUGGUUGCUGUCCAGCGUUUCCACAGCAAGGCCUUUUCCAGUAGCGUUUCUGAAGGUGUCUCUCGCCAGUCAACUGUUCUGUUUUGGCACCACCUCUAGCAGCUCACGCCUUGGGCGUGGGUGCCGUUGUAGGGAGGGAGGGGAAAGGGGCAG